AUGGAAACCCAUGAGCCUUCUGGUCAUCGUCUCGGCGACUGGGUUGAUGGAGAGCAGCAGCACGUCGUCUCCUGGAGCGAUAUCAUUAGUGGGAUAGGCCGUAGCCUUUUCAUCAAAUGCCUCCUACGGCUGUCCAGGUCAGACUAUGGCUCUGUGGCAUGCUUGAACCACGACUUCAAUUCGCUGGUCCGCAGUGGGGAGAUCUACCGCUUGCGUCGCAACAAUGGCGUAGCGGAGUACUGGCUCUACUUCUCCUGCAACCCUCUGCAGUGGGAUGCUUACGACCCACACCGUGGGCGCUGGAUCCAAGUGCCCAAGAUACCACCAGACGAAUGCUUCAUGUGCUCUGACAAGGAGUCCCUUGCUGUCGGAACCGAGCUGUUGGUGUUUGGGAUGGCACACAUUGUGUACAGAUAUAGCAUCCUAACCAAUUCAUGGACAAGGGCUGAUCCGAUGAACUCGCCGCGGUGCCUUUUCGGAUCGACAAGUGUCGGUGAAAAGGCAUAUGUUGCGGGGGGCAGCGAUUCUUGUGGAAGAAUACUUAGCUCCGCGGAGAUGUAUAACUCGGAGACACAUACUUGGACACCCCUUCCUUGCAUGAAUAAGGCUAGGAUGUUGUGUUCUGGCACAUUCAUGGACGGGAAGUUCUAUGUGAUUGGUGGUGUUACCAACAACAACAAGGUGUUGGCAUGUGGUGAGGAAUAUGACUUGGAGCGGCGGUCUUGGAGGGUCAUCGACAACAAGUCCGAGGGCCUCGAUGGAAUGGCCGGUGCUCCUCCACUCAUUGCCGCUGUCAACAAUCAGCUUUAUGCAGCUGAUUACAGUGACAAGGAUGUGAAGAGAUAUGACAAGCUUAAUAAUAGGUGGAUCACUCUUGGAAAAUUGCCUGAACAAUGCGUGUCAAACGAUUCUUGGGGCAUUGCUUUCAGAGCCUGUGGUGACCGGCUGAUUGUCAUUGGAGGUCCUAGAACUUAUACUGGUGGCACGAUUGAGAUUCAUUCAUGGAUCCCAGAUCAGCAACCGCCUGUGUGGAAUUUGGUUGCUAAACGGUCAUCCAAGAGCUUCGUUUAUAACUUGGCCGUGAUGGGUUGCUGA